AUGUCAGGCCUUCCAUUAGUCCGGGUGGCGUGCAGGCAAGGGCUUUCCAAAGUACCAGACGCCCUUCCGCACCGAGGACGGUGCUGCCGACCGUCCGUCAGACCGGGCUGGGUUGACGAGACGAAGAGCCUGAGACAGCAACAAGAUGACCGAGCCACGGCUGGCAACGGGCACGUCGUGGUGCCCAGUCCCGCCCGCGAAGACCGAGACAAAGAUGGAAAACGGAAGAUUCGAAAGACGAAGACGAAGACGGCAUCGCGUCGGGCGAGGCAGCGCUAA